AUGAUUCAAUCACUCGUAAAGAAAGCUUUUACAAAGCUUCAACUUGAUGAGGAAGGAUGUGCGAUCUGUCCGAUUUGUUCGGAGCGUUUACCCGACUCAGAAUGGAGUGAUCAUGUGGAAGAGGAGAGGAGGAGAUUGAGAGACGCUAUUUUGAGUUUAAAAAGCGAUCGAUCAUGUGCUCAAGAGAGUAUUCCCGGGAUCGUCGAGGCAUCACGACGAAAACGCGAGAACGAGCUGGCUCGAGUCAAAGCAAAUCAAAUGAAACGAUUGGCUUUGAAACGAGCGGUUGGACCAUCGACCUCUGUACGUGACACGAUGACUCCGUUCAGUCGACAGUCUGACGGUCUCAACUCGCCCGACUCGAAGCCAGCCAGCGAGACGAACAAUAUUCGAUGCUCGAUCUGUUCGAGAGACGUCGAGUAUUGUAUUGUUGCGGCGAGCUUCGAGAAUCCUCGAUGUCAGAUGUGUUAUGAUACAUUCCGCGCCACUCCGACUGCCGUUUUGAUUCCAGCUACAAUUAGCGGCUCUCCGGUCGAUCUCCGUCUAAACGCCUCGGAAUCAUCGGGUUCUGGCGAGUUGAGCCCACCAGAGAAACGCGUCAAAAUCGAGGAA